GUAGAUUCAAUCUUCUAAUCACUUGAACAUCCAGACACAUCUCUGAUACAGCUGGACGGCUUUCAAAGUUCACCAGCAUCUACAAGACAGAAGAAUUGAAAAGACUCUUUGAACUUUCUGCAUCUAGAAGAAGAAUGAACUGCAAAAUCUUUGUCGUCUCCAUUAUUGUCCUUGUGGCAUUUCUGGCCAUUGGUGAAGGUCUGGGAGUAGAUGACCGCUGUCGGUGCAUUAACACAGAAAGUCGACGCAUGGGCAAACUCAUAGAGAAGAUUGAACUCUUUCCACCCAGCUCACACUGCAAAGACCCAGAGAUCAUUGCCACCCUGAAAGAAACUAAGCAGGAGAUCUGUCUGGACCCAGCUGCCCCUUGGGUUAAGAAAAUAAUCGAGAGGAUCAUUGCCAACAAAUCACCAUGAAUGUGUCAACCAUCUGCAUGUUUUCAGUGAAAGCAUGUAAACCACACCAGCCUCUACACAGCCACCAUUUAACUUUUAUUUAUGGCAAUAUUGUACAGCACUUGCCUUGUGGGGGAUGUGUUUACAGAACUGUUCGGAUUUGUGUAUGUGUAAAUUAAGAAUAAGUAUUUAUUUAUUGUGAAAUGAAGGUUAUUUAUUAUGUAUUUAUAAUAUUUUAUAUUCUUUCUAACUGUAUUGUGUGUUUGGCUGUGUGUAUGAGAUUUCUAAGUACUAUUACACCAGCUGUGUUAUUAAGUGUUAGCGUUUAUACUUCUCCCAAUUAAGUUCAAGUGGAUUUGAUGAGUUUACAGUUUUUAAACUCUAACUUUGGUUGGAGGUUUGCAUCUUUGUGCUUGAGGAAGAGUGCAAUAAAU